AUGGGGAAAAACAUCUCUGUGGGGGAAAGAGAGGGGAAACUAACUCUGGUGUUGGCGCUGGCUACCCUGGUCUCCGCAUUCGGCUCGUCUUUCCAGUACGGCUACAACGUGGCUGUUGUCAACUCCCCUGCCCUGCACAUGCAGAGGUUUUACGCCCGUGUGUACGAGAGCCGUAACGCCUCGCUCACGGACAGCAGCCUGACCCUGCUGUGGUCCCUGACUGUGUCCAUGUACCCUCUGGGUGGUUUCUUCGGCUCUCUCAUGGUGGCCCCGCUGGUCAACAACCUAGGAAGGAAAGGCACACUCCUCUUCAACAACAUCUUCUCCAUCGGCCCUGCUGUAAUGAUGGGAGUCAGUGAGAUGGUGGGCUCAUUCGAGAUCAUUAUCGUCGCUCGCUUCAUAGUUGGCAUUUGUGCUGGCCUUUCAUCCAAUGUGGUGCCAAUGUAUUUGGGAGAACUGGCCCCUAAGAACCUGAGGGGAGCCAUUGGAAUCGUCCCUCAGCUUUUCAUCACUGUGGGCAUCCUCACCGCCCAAGUGUUUGGUGUCCGAAGCAUUCUGGGAAACGCAGAGAGCUGGCCCAUCAUGCUGGCGCUCACGGGUGGCCCUGCUGUGAUCGAGCUGCUUCUCCUGCCCUUCUUCCCAGAGAGUCCUCGCUACAUGCUCAUCCAGAAGGGCGAUGAGAACAACGCCAGGAAAGCACUGCGGCGUCUCCGAGGCUGGGAGGAGGUGGACGAGGAACUGCUGGAGAUGCGGCUGGAGGAGCAGUCGGAGCGGGCCGAGGGCCAGCUGUCCGUGCUGAGGCUCUUCACCUUCCCCUCCCUGCGCUGGCAGCUGCUCUCCAUCAUCUUCAUGAACAUGGGUCAGCAGCUGUCGGGGGUCAAUGCCGUGUAUUACUACGCCGACAGCAUCUUUGGCUCGGCAGGAGUGAAGGAGAACGACGUUCAGUAUGUGACAGUUGGAACGGGGUCUGUGAAUGUCCUCAUGACCUUUGUAGCUGUGUUCAUGGUGGAGGCCUCAGGCAGGAAGCUGCUACUGCUCAUUGGCUUUGGGAUCUGCUGUGCGGCCUGCCUCCUCCUCACCGCUGCCCUCAGUCUGCAGGAGAGUCUGCACUGGAUGCCCUAUGUCAGCAUUGCAUGUGUCAUCAUUUAUGUCAUAGGACAUGCCAUUGGCCCCAGUCCGAUUCCGACCGUGAUUACCACUGAGAUAUUCCGCCAGUCCUCCAGGCCAGCAGCGUUCCUGGUGGCCGGGUCCGUGCACUGGCUCUGCAACUUCACAGUGGGCCUGGUCUUCCCUUUCUUAGAGAAAGGGCUGGGGGCUUACAGCUUCAUUAUCUUCGCUUUCAUCUGUCUCGUCACGCUCAUCUACAUCUGGGUGGUAAUUCCUGAAACCAAGAACACCACCUUCCUGGAGAUCAGCAAGCUGUUCGCUAAGAGGAACAAGGUGGAGAUUGUACUGGAGGCUGAGGACUGUGAGUUGAAAGUAAGAGGAGUGAGAGACCAUGGGGAGGAUUUAAUUACGACCUUCUGA